AGAAAAUCUUGGAAAAAAGGGAAAAUAUCGAGCAAAAUCGUGGCUUAGUUGUGUCGUCUUUGCAUGCAACUAACGACUAAAACGUUCCGUAAAAUGUCUAUGACGGCACGGAAGCCGAAAAGAGACGAUUAAACCAAAAAAUCCACAAAAAAUUUUGCAAACUUUGUGUGCUGUGUAACAUAUAUUUAUUAAAAAAAAAAAAAAAAUUACAAAUUCUCAACCAUUUCGAAGCAAAAUUCGUGUGCUAAACAUUUCACGGGCCACACAAAAGUGCGAAAGAAUGCUCGUUCAACGCCACUAAGAGCGAACGAGCACAAAAACUCUACAUGAAUCCAAAGUAAAUAAAAUGAAAAAUAGCAAGAAUAUGUUUUCAUCAUCAACAGGAAGUUCGACGACGACGACGACAACGACGAAAAAACCAUGGCAAGAAGAACACGAACGCAACGAGCUGCGAGAACGGGAUAAGGCAGCGAGAUCCCAGCAUCACAUGAACGAUCGGGAUUAUCAUCAGCAACAACCCUUGUUCGCAGCGCCCGUAAGAGUUAACGAGUACGACUCGAAUCUCACGGAUAUUUUGCCCGACUUUUCGCAAGUUCAGGCGAAAGUGCUUGGCAGCGACAACAAAUACAUUGGCAUUAUUUCGGCGCCUCACACGCCAAAACCUGCGCAACCCUAUGGCGCGAGUCAGCAAUCCGCGACGAAUGUUAACCAGAAUUCGUUUCCCGCAUCGAGCUCGUCGUCGUCAUCAACGUCGUUUGGGGGAAAUAACAGAGCAGUUCACCAAAGUAAUAGCAGCCAUGUGCCUCCGCCGAGUUAUAGUCAACAACGACAGAACAAUUUUGUCAGACCAUCCUAUAACAAUGGCAACAACAGUCGAGUUCCAACGCAGCAGCAGCAACACGCACAACCGACGAGUAACAGACAAGAAUUACACAAUUCAUCGACAUCAUCAAAUAACUUUUUUCCCAACAACAAGGGAUAUCCGGGACACAACAAAUACACAAAAGCGGAUAAUUUUCCGAGUUUCGUGAGUAAUGGCACGGCAUCUUCCAACAAUGCGUCGUCGUCGUACAUCAAAAAGCCCUCGAGCGACGUCGCAAACAUCCUAAAAGAGAUGACGACGUCAAUUCCGUCGACGCCUCUCGAUGAAAUUGCGGCAACGCCGCGCAAUCCGCACCAAUAUGAACCAAAAUAUGCCUUGAAUAAUCCCCCGAAACACAAAUAUGCUGAAGUGCCGUUGCUAAUGGAUGUACAAAUGCGUCCGCCGCGACAACCGAAGCCCGCCAAACCCGUUGUGCCGAAGCAAAAGAACCAGCUGGAGAACGAUUUGGAUGUUUCGGAUAGCGACAACGACUGCGAUCGCAAAAAAGAUUCGUCCGCGUCGCUCAUCGAGCCACUGUCGCCGAUUAAGGAUCCCUCGAGCGAUGGUUCGGACGAGAGUUCGGGCAGCGAUGAUAGCGAAUCGAGCGAAGAAUCGACCAAUAAUGACACGAAUGCGGUGAAACAAGAACCUGUUGAGGUUGCAGCGACGGAAAAUUCUGAACCUGCAGAGACGACGACAAGUACGACGAUCCAAAAUUGGAAUUUGGAUAAUUUUUUCAAGAAAAAGGAGACACAUGCCGUCAGUGAACGCGAUGCAAUGCACAAAGAUUCGGAAGAAGAUGAGGAAAAACAUUCGCCUGCGUCGCUGGAUCGUGCGUCGUCGCCAACAACGAUGGAUUCGCAUCACUCCAACUUGACGCCCAUGAGCGGCAUGAUGUUCAACAGCAAUCAAAGUAACGAAGAUGUCGUCGUGCCUGCAAGCAAAAACAAGGUUGAGAAGCAAUCCGGAGACAUUGCCGUCAUUUUGGACGACAUCAAGAAGAAGCAACAAAUCGCGCCAAUUUCGGAUUUUUCAUCUUCCGCCUCGGAAGACGAAACCAAACGACAAUUACCUGAAAUUCCCGUGAAAAAGAUCAAAAGUAAGCGGAAAAGUAUGAAAGGCAAGACCCCGAUUAAGGAUCGACGAGCCUCGAGUGACGAAGAAGAGCCAACUUUCAACAAGACUCCCGUCAAAAAUCAACAAACGACGCAAAAUCAGCAGCAACAGGAGAAAAAAGGACGAGGAAGACCCCGAAAAUCAAAAGAUCGGACUAAAGCAACUACGACAACGACGACGACGAAGACGGAGCAAGAACCGAAAAGCGCUUCGAAGAAAGAUCACGCGAAAAGUAAGCCGCCGCGACGAAAGAAAAGCGAGAAACAAGCCCAAAGUCAAGCCUUUGUAUCGACGUCGGACUCGUCGUCGUCGUUCAGCGAGGACGAGGAUGAAGACAAAACAAGCCAAAAAUCCUACAAUUACAAACCGUUUGAGGUGCCUCGAAUGUCGCAGCAGCAACAGCAACAACAAACUGACCGCAGUUCAGUGACAAAAGACAAUCGAAGGCAAUCUUCAUGCGACGAUAGUGAUAAGAGCGACUCAUCGAGAAGUAGCAGCUACGAAACUCCCACUCAACCACAAAUCAAACCAAUGUCGUCAUCGUUUUCGUCCUCCGAAGACAGUGAUAGCUCAAACAAUAACAAAAUUGGCAAUAAGAGCGAUAAGAACAAAAAGGAUACCCUCAAGAAGCUGUUUUUGAAUGCCAAUAAAGGCGAAGGCGGAAAAGGCAAAGGAGGCGGAAAAGGAAAAGGCCAAGUAGUGAUCGAAGAUCACACAGAAAAUGCACAAAUCAAUAACAAGCAACAUGAAACGCCGAGUGCAAAGAAUGGUGCUUCUCCGUGUUACCAAACACAACAAAACAUAACACCCAGUUACCAACAAUCAUCGACAACUACCGCAAAAAAUGUGCCCAUGAAAGGAAACAUGUCGAUCCUGUGUCGCAUCGACUUGAAUCGACUCACGCGAAUCCCGACGCCGUCAAAAGCCUUCUCCAAGGUUGGAAACGCGACGCGUGGCAGCUAUGAAAAUUACCUUGAACACGACGAAAUGUAUCGGCAUCGGUCUAAUAGUGUUAAUGAGCGAUCCGCCGCAAUGGAAUUGAUGCCAAACGACGUGAAUGACAAAGUGAGGCCUACCUCGUCGUUGGAUCGAAAGUCGUUACCUGGAGAUUUUGCGAAAGCAUCGAGACUCAUGAAGGACAAUGAAUCUUCGUACAUCAAGAGCGAAUUUUCCAAUCAUGCCUUGAAUGGUUUGUCUGCUGGCGCCUUGGCGAACAAUGAGCGGAUAGACGAUUCCAAAGUUAAAAUUAAAUCCGAGUCGGAUAACUCGAUGGGCAAACAUGGCAAACGCAAGUACAUGGAUACGAGCCCGAAACGGGAAAAUCGCAAAAAGAAGAAAUUGACCGAAUUAGAGAAUCAAACACAGACAAAUCAUGAUAGGAUAAAAUGGAAGUAUCGUUCGUACUUUGAAGAAGACGAAGGCGAAACGAUGCAAGACAGAGAUCAAAAUUUCUUCCUGAUGGAAGCUAAAAGAUUAAAACACGCUGCUGACAAGGAAACCGAUCACUUGGCUCAAGCAAUGCUAUACUUAGAGGCUGUGCUAUAUUUUCUCCUGACUGGCGAUGCCAUGGAACGGGAAACUGUUACAGAGAAGGCUGCCUUCACAAUGUACAAAGACACCUUAAGUUUAAUAAAAUAUAUAUCGUCAAAGUUUCGUAAUCAACAACAGCAUCCAGUUCAGGGAAACAUUCAUAGUAAAGUAAAUAUACUUAGUAUACGUUGUCAAUCAAUAAUUUAUCUGAAACUCUACAAAAUGCGGAGACUCGAGUCGCGGGAAUUGCAAAAAGUCAUUUGUGAAUACCAUCAAAAGACUCCGACAGCUGUUGUGACCACAGAAAUGAACGGAAAUACGCCGUCGCCUCUGUCGCCGACUUCUGUUGGCUCACAGAGUUCUGGUUACUGUUCUGGACAACAACAGCCGGUAACUUCCAACUCAGCUCCUUGCACGCUGAUGCCAAUUCAAAUAAAUCUUGCCUACCAAAAGGCAAACACGUUCUUCAAUUAUCUGACGAGCUGUCAUGAUCUGUGGGAGCAAGCAGAUACAUUAAUUUUAAAGGGAAAUCAUAAAGAAUAUUUUAUUGAAUUAGAUCACGAAAUUGGGCCAAUGACUUUGCAUAGUACCUUAUGCAACGUAGUUAACUAUGUGAAAGCCGGCAUACAGAAACUAAGAAAUAUGUAAAAAGGGACACAAAUAGAGAUAUCUAAGUGUUGUAAAUUAUUAUAUUGUAAAUUUUAUAUUAUAUUAUUAUUAAUAAUGAUAUUCAAAAAAAAAUGUUACAUUGUGUUACACAAGACAAUCGCAAUUCAUGAAGACAGAGAAAAAGGUGAUGCAAUUUAACGAAAAUGUGAAGUUUGAUAAAAAUUUUACUAAAAAAAAGCAUUAGAAAUUGCUCAAGAGAAAUUUUUUGAGUUUUAACUUUGAAUAUUUUUUUCCAUAAAAUUUAAUUUUUAUUUAUUGAAGAAAGAAUUUUAUCUAUUUUGGGCCCAAAAAAAUUUUAAAUAUUUGAAAAAUUAUAAUUUUUUUUUAAAUUUCUAUUUUUAAGUUUGUUUGGUUCACAUUUAAAUUUUAAAAUACAAAAUUUUAUUAUUUUUUUGUUAUAAAUCUU